AUGAUUAUUAGAUUUCCCAUUCAUCCAUUCAUUUAAUGUAAUUUUUUUUUAUUUAUAUUUUUCACCAAUCACAAAAGAUUUUAAAAAGGCUUUUUCUAUUUUGAUUUUAUCAUCUCUUUUUUUUUUGAAGGUUCUGCCAUAAUUAACAAAUACAAUUAAAGUCGCACAUUUUUUACAGGUUGUUUACAACAUUUGAUUGUUAAGAGAUAUCAACACAAUGGAUGUAUAAAUGCAAAAUAGUGUAUCGAAUAUUUGACUUAAGAUAUUUGCGAGAAUUCAGGAAAUUCGAGUGAUAAAUAUAAGUAAAUAAAUAAGGGUCUAGUAAUUGUCAAUGUAGUUUAGAAAUGCCGAGAUGAAUUAUGUAGUGAAGCAGGAACGAGAUUGACUACUGAUUAAGAAUGUUCUAAAUUUAGGUUUGGUUGCAUUUCAAAAGGAUAAGGUUGUACAGAGAGUCCUUUGAAAGAAUGUAAUACAUAUGAAAGUUAAGGGCAAGAAUGCAAUAAAUUAAUUGGAUCAGAUGGAGCAUGUGAACUUUAGUAGGGUAGUCAAUAUUGUUAAUAAAAAAAAUGUGAAACUGCUUCGAAUACUUAUAAAAGUGAUGAACAAUGUGAUUAAUAUUUAAAGGGCUGUGAUAGUACAGGGAGCAUUAAUGUUUUGUAGUUGAAUUUUUAAGUAUUGCAUUCUUUUAAGUUAGAAAUUGAUGUUCAAAUAAUUUUCAACUCCUAGGAUCAAUAGCUAAAGCUUUGUACAUCUAAAUAAUGGCAUCCUCAUAUUUAUAUAUUUGUGUAAAUUUUUUAUAUCUAAUUUAAUUUAUAAUAACUUUAUAAACAUGCACCUUGUAUUUAAAUUCAAAUUAAAUCUACCUUUCUCCAAUAAAGGACUAACAUGUCUGGAGUUCAAAGCUAAAGCCUUGUCAAACCAAGUAAAUGGCAUCCUCAUAGAGAUUUAACCGUCUUAUAUCUGAUUAUUAAAGAUUGA